AUGAUAAAUGUAGAACUAAGUGCUUUGUUACCAGAAAGGGUUUGUAUCGAAAAUAGAGACAGGGAAGAAAGUAUUGUGGAAAAUAUGAAUGUUCCUCUAAAACACCUGAAAAAUGAGAAGGACGAAAUGAUGUACAUCCUAAAACAAGAAAAUAAAGAUCUAGAACUCAAAUGUACCGAGAAAAAAGAAGAUUUUACGCGGAUUAAAAGUGAACUUUAUAAAGCAAUAAGCAGUCGGGACACUCGUAUACGUACAUUUGAGGGUGUAGUAAUGGACCAAAAUCGUGAAAUUAAUAGACUUAAACAGGAAAAGGAGGAAGACAGAAAGUAUGUCAAUCGAUUAGAAAAUCGCCUUACUCAACUGGAAAGUAAAUUUGAAAAAAGUGAAAAGGAAAGGAAUUCUUCCUGUGCUAAGAAGACUAUAGAAGACAUCAGAUCAACUAACUUAACGAACAUCAAGAGAAAUCAGAAAAGACUUCUCAUCCCUCCAACAACUUCUCAUAGCUCCAUUGCAUUUUAUGCAUACAUGUCAGCUAUGAUACCGUCACCAAAUACACAUCAGGUGCUUGUCUUUGACGAUGUCAAAACUAAUUUUGGAAACGCUUAUCAUCCAUCUACUGGACUUUUUAUAGUUCCUGAAUCGGGUGUGUAUGUCUUUACAUGGACGUUUCGAACUGGUGCAGCCUAUGAUCAUUCAAUUCAGUUACUGAUAAACAAAGACGUAGUUGGUACCUUGUUUCUUAGGUCAGUUGCUGGUCUAGACGCACAGGAGACGGGUAUUGUUGUUACCCACGUUAACGCUGGAGACGACGUUUAUGUAAGAACACAUGCUACGCUUCCCUUGGGUACGUCGGACUCCAUUCUGAGCAGCUCUUAUGGAAGAACGUCCUUUGCCGGCUGGAAACUUUUUUAA